ACUUCUUAUGAUGAGUUUUACCCUUUAGCGACAUCUGUGCUUAGCUAUACAUUUCCUUUGACUUUAGACAAUUUUCUUUCUACCAUUGCAAGCUACAAGCUAAAGUCAACUUCCAUGCAUAGUCGCAAAAGCAAUCAUUUUACCUACACUUGACCAACCCAUAACAACAUCUAAUUUUAUAAUUAUACAUUUAUUUAACUCGAAUAUUAAAACAAUUCCAUAAUAAUGGCAUUAAGACGUGUUGAUUUAUCAACCGAUGUAUAUUUUGUUUGUUUAAAUCAUGCUAUGUGCACUGAAGGUGAAGAGAUAGUUGGAUUACUAGUUGGUGAAGUGGAUGAAGAAAGAAUUGCUCACGUUGUUGCUGUCUUAAUUUUAAGACGUUCUGAUAAGAGGAAGGACCGAGUAGAAAUAUCACCUGAACAGUUAUCUAAUGCAUCAACUGAAGCUGAAAAACUUGCUUGUAUUUUGAAGCGUCCGGUUCGUGUUGUCGGUUGGUAUCAUUCCCAUCCUAAACUUACUGUUUAUCCAUCUUUAGUUGAUGUUUGCACUCAAGAAAGCUAUCAACUCAUGGAUGAAGGGUUCAUCGGGAUGAUAUUUUCAGUGUUUAAUACUGAUCCCAAUAAAUUUGGUGGACGAAUUCAAAUGAUUUGCUAUCAGUCCCAAACUGUAAUAAUUGAUUGCAAUGUUGAGAAAAGCCAUAUUGAAAUCCCCAUACAACUUGUACCUAGUAGAAAUAUUAGUGACGUUUGUAUGAACAGUGUGGUACAGUUACCUCGAUUUUUGUGCCAAGAAGAACAGCUGGCCUAUCAAAUGGCCAAUCAAGUUCCUCUGGAUUACUUAACAAGACUUCAUAAUAGCUCAGUUUAUCUUCGAAAGAUGGGUCAAAUUGCUGAGGUUAUUUGUGGCCCUCUGCUAAAAAUGCUUGAAGAAAGAAUUCUCAACAAUGAAAUGAAGCGCAAAAGGUUACAAGAGAGGAAGAAAGCCUUAACUGCAAUGGUUGAUAAAGCCCGUACUGAGAAAACCAAAAGAGAGCAGGAGAGGGCUAAAAAAGAACUUGAUGCCCUGCAGAAAGAGAAGGAGAUAAAAGCUGCUCAACUUGAAAACCAAGAUUUGCAGUUGGAACCCCAAGCUCAAGAGCAAGAGACACAAAACCAAUCCAGAAUAUCAGCUCAAAGGGUUGAAGUGUCUCAUGUUGGAGAUCAAGAGGUGCCUCAUCUCAAAGAGUUCAAACGCUCCCCCGAUGAGGCUAUAUCUGUUGAAAUGGAAAUCACCUCGGACCCAUCAGAGGUAAGAAGACUAAAUAUUGUUAAAGCUGUCCGAGAAGACGAAGCAAAAAUGCCAGCUAGGUUACAAAAACAAGAGCAUGAAACUGGCACGGCACAAAAAACACCUCACCUCAAGAGGCAAAAAAUUGAAGAAGUGAAAGUUGUGCAUAGUGAAAAGAGUUUGGAACAGUCCUCAACGUUAAUUUCUAAAACUGAUUGUGAAAGUUCUUCCGCAAAAGGUGCUUCCGAGAAUGCCAAACCACACGUGAUUUCUAAAAAUAUCAACGGGAAGACGAAAUUGAAUAUUUCAAAAGAUAGUACCAAUCAGUGCAAUAAUUUGUCUGGUCAAAGAUCAAAUGCAGAUAAGUGUUUACCAUCUUCUAGUGUCAAUGUUACUGCUCAAGAUCAGAUAUCUCCUUCCUCUUCUUUAAACUCUUCAGAGAUGAAAAUUUUGCCUAAAAAAAGUCCCACUCAUCAAUCUAAUAUUUGAAAAGUAUGCCCUCAUGACAUAUUCUAAUUGAAAUCACUCCUUCCCCCGAAAUGCUUUUACAAAUAAUAUUUUCUUGGAUGAUGAUUGUUAUAGAUGCCUUGUAUUAACUGUGUUUUUGUGAGAGAAGAAAAGAAAAACCAAAAAUUUUUUGUUGCUUUAUAUUCCAAUAUUUUAAAAGCAACACAAAUUGUUUAUUCUAUUACUUAUUUUAAUUAAGUGUUUUAUUUUAAUACCUCAUGUCUUAGAAUGUCAGAGUUUAAAGUUGUGAGAAUUUAAUACUUUUAUUUUUUUCAUAUUCAGUGUGUCUUAAAUGUAAAACAUAAUAAAUUAAUAAUUAAAUAAAUGAUAACAAUAAUGAUUAAAUGCAUAACAAUAAUAAUUAAAUAGCAAUAAUUACAUAAUAACAAUAGUUACAUAAUAAAAGGGGUGAUAGUACCUAUGCAAAUGAGCAAUAUUUAACCUAAAACACAGUGUUGUAUUCCAUUCUUGAAGUCAAAAAAGCAAUAAAAUUAGAACUUCAUCAUGAACUGACAACAGUGUUGCACAAUCUGACAAAAAAAAGUCACAUCCCCCGUGGCAGAAUCGUGCGACAUUGUCACACAAUGUUACCGAGUUCUUGCAGAAAAUUUUUUCCUUUGGGAAGUAAAAAAUUUCGGUUUUCUUUUCUGUAUAAAUUUUCAUUCUAUUUUUUAAUGGCUACAAGAACUCUAGCCAUACCCUAACAACUUCAUGUGCUUCAUGCACUUAUUUAUAUAAAAUUUCAUGUGUUUUGUAUGCUGAAGCUCUCAUAUACUCCCAGAAGAAAAAAUCUUAGUUGAGAUCUGGUGAGCAAGCAGGCCAGACAUAGUUUCAGCACAACUCAACUCUUUUUUCUACUACUUGCAAUAAAAUGCAGCCUUGUGUUCCAUUUUAAAUAUUGCUUGUCUGAAAUGGUGUUUUCACAUAUCUUAUUUUAUAAAAACGGUUUCGGUUUGACCUAUAUUAUAUGCACAUAUAAAUAGAAAUAGAAAUAAAAAUGAUACAAUUCAAGUAAGCGUUCAUCAAACCAAAAGAGAAAAAAAAUAUUUUGAUCAUUAUAAAUAUUUUUUCCUUUUUUAUUUUUUAAAAUUUAAUUUGUUUUAUUAUAUUUAAUUAGUUACAUAUUAGUUUGAAACAUAUAAAAAAAUAAAUAAAAUGUAAUAAAUAUUGUUUUUUUACUUCACCUACAGUAAUUAUUUUUCGUUCUAACACUGUGUACCUGUAGAGUUUCAACAAGCAAAGAUAUUGGUUUUUAACUUGCAUAUAUGACUUUAUCAUAAUAUAUAUUUUAUACUAUUUAAAUGAGUGUUGAAAAAACAAUAACAGUUUUUAAUCAUAAAAUAUUAUAUAUAAUUUCUGCAUGUGUAAAUGUUUUGAAUUUUUUUAAUGUUAUAAGGAUUGUUAUUGUAAAUUUGUUUGUGAUAUUCACCGUUAUUGUAAAAAAAAAAAUUUUAUGACUGCUUAUCAAAUUUACCUACACUAAAACUGCUUUGUUUCUUAACUUGGUCACUUUUGUAAAUAAAGUGAUCAGAGAACAGGGAAAAUUCACUGAAUUUUAUUUUAUCAACCAGGAGAAAAAUCAGUGAAUUUAAUUCAAAUAAAUUACUCAAAAAGUAAUGAAAAAUAAAUUAAUUUCAGUUUAACUUUUUAUUUCAAAAAAAUAAAACUAGUCUUGCAAUAAUUUAAAUUUUUUUUUUUUUUUUUGCUUUGAACUCUAAUAGCAAGAAUUUGUGUUUAAUAAGAAUAAGUUAAAAAGCAAUAAUAAUGUUUGUGCCAGGAGUUGCAGAAAUCGAGAAAAUUUAAUAAAAUAAAUUUGGAAAAGCAAUAAUUUUAUAAUUUUAAUUGCACAGUUUGGAAUUUUUGUGCAGAUUUUUUUUUUAUAUAUAUUGAAAUAUUUUAUGAAUGGACAUCUCUAUAUAACACAAAAAAUAUUUUUUAUUAUAAAACUUUAAUCUUUUUUUUUCCGAGACUGCAAAUAAUGAUUUUAAUAAGCGGCUGCCCUCAUAUUACAAACGCAAACAACAAGCCAUCUACAAACAUAAAAAUUCUGCCUAAAAUUGUACUGUGAUUCUUUAUAAUUUUAAUAAGGGUUAUUAUCGUGAAUAUUUUCUUGUUAUUAGCGAAUGUAGUUUGGUAUUAUAUUUUGACUUAUUAAGAAAGAAGCUUUAAGUUCAAUAAAUGAACUUUGUUGUGUUCAAUCCAUAGGAAUGACAAAGAAGUAUUUUGAUUGACCAAUUUUCUAGCAAAUCUACACAGUGUUGCUGCUGCAGAAUUGAGUUAACUUUGAUAUCCGUGAACUAUAUUAAUGCACUAUUUAAUUUCAAUUGUCGAUGCUUGCUGAAUUUGUAAGAUAUCAAAUAAUUUAUCUGUAUAUAUUAUUUUGUUCAAAUUAAACAAUAUUAGUGUUGUAA